AUGCCUCACUGUCCAUCAUGCGGAAAAGUCCUCAAGGACCAUAUGUCUGUUGCUCGUCAUAUGAGCCAGCCCCGGUCUGGCUGCAACACCUGGCUGGACAAUAUUAUUAAGCUCAAUACCAUGAUUCCGCCCACUGACGAUCAUCCCAUGGACCCAAUGGACAAUAAUGGACUACCUAUGCCUUAUUAUGAGCCAGGACUCGGAGAUGAGGACAAUACAUACAUCUUUCAUGGUCAAGAAGAGGACAUCACGCUGGAAGCGCAUGAUGGAAUUUGGGACCAGGGCAAAGAUGCAAAUAGUGAAGUCACAGAUUAUUUUCCCAAUUCCCCACUCGCCUAUGAGGACGGCUAUAUGUUCUUAGGUUUAUUCAAUGCUGACGAAAACAGCGUAUAUCGCAAAACAAAUCUUUAUUUUCCAUUCAGUAGUCGGAGAGACUGGCAGGUUGCCGCAUGGCUACUGCGUUCUGGGUUGAGCAUGGGGAAGAUUGACUCUUUCCUAUCGCUUGACAUGAUUAAAGAUUUACCCUUGUCAUUUCGCUCAGCCAAAGAACUUCGAGGUCGAGCAGAAAUGCUACCCAGUGGUCCACAUUGGAAGUCCCAAAUCAUUCCUAUGUCGCAUCCUACUAAGUCACCCGUAAUUCUCUAUUGGCGUGACCCACUAGAGUGCAUCGCAAGUAUCUUCAACCACCCGUUAUUUCACAAUUGUAUGGACUUCACACCUUGCAAGGUGUACACCACUGCGGAGAGGCUGUGUCGCAUCUAUACUGAAUGGAUGAUGGAAAAUAACGCUUGGGACAUGCAAUUUAUUCAUAAGAGGAAGCGGAUGAAGGGUGUAUUGGAGGGUCGCCUCAUACACCAAUGUCUAGACAUCGUUCUCGAACCACUCAAGCAGGCUGCUCGAAAGGGCAUCAUGUUAUCUGACCCCAUUGGGCAGAGUCAUUACUGUUUCACUGCACUGGCAAGUUAUAUUGCUGACACCCCGGAAGCCAUGAUGCUGGCGACUGUCGGUGGAAAGACGUCACCAGUGACCAUGGCAAUGUACAAGCACUUCAAGGAUGACUUCCAGCAUGAACCCCGCAUGAAAUCGACAACUCUUGCGCAGCUUGCCGUUGUCCGCUCACAUGCCGAUCCCAUUGACCUCGAGGCUUUCUUCCAUGAAGCGCAGAAGUUUCAUCUGAAUGGUGUUGCCAAACCGUUCUUUCGGAACUGGAUACUCGCAGAGCCCUCCCAUUUCUUUACACCAGAAUCCCUACACCACUUGCAUAAGGAAUUUUUCGACCACGAUGCACAAUGGCUCAUCUGUGCCGUUGGAGAAUCCGAGAUCAAUUUCCGAUUUUCCGUCUUACAGCCCGCCACUGGUUAUUGUCACUUUCCUGGAGGCAUCUCGAAGCUUAAACAGGUCAUUGGUCGCUGUCAACGAGACAUGCAGCGAUAUAUCAUUGCAGUGUGCGCGGACGCAGCACCUGCACGUAUUAUCACUGCCUUACGUGCGCUCAUGCAAUUCUGUUAUCUCGUUCAGUCGCCACGCCUUGAUGACGACAAUCUCAAGCGCAUCUCGGGCGCAUUGCAUGAGUUCCAUGCAAACAAGGAUGCAAUUAUUGAUGCUGGGGCUCGCCGUGGAAAGGGCAAUAGACCCAUCACUCACUGA